AUGUCACACAUCACCCAGGCCAACCAAGGCCUGGCUGCAGCCGAAGCCCAAAACUGGGAUGAGGCCAUCACCAAGCUCUCCAAAGCUCUCCAAAGCUCUACCAACCCAGCAUGGCUCCUCGCGCGGUCCAAAGCUCUCGUCAACGUCAAACGCUAUGAGGAAGCCCUCGACGACGCCAACCUUGCCUUCCACAAAUCUUAUGAGCGAAAUAAGCGAGACUUGAUGAUUGACGCCCACUACCGUCGAGCAGUCGCCUACUUCCGCCUGGGGCAGUACGCCAAUGCCGACUGCUGUGCCAUCUAUGCCAUGCGUCUGGUUAAGGGCCAUGCGGCACUGGAAAAGGAAGAUGUCAGGGCCGCUAAUUCUGACCACGACGGGUUCUGGAAACCAACUGCCGCGGACGCAAUGGCGGAAGCUCGCGAGGACCCCUUCAACCAGACUAAGCCGGAGGGAGCAAUGUCUGCUCAACCGGCACAUGUCGGUGACUGGCGGCGAGCAAGCACCCUUCGUAUUCAGGCCCUCGCUGCCAUGAAGAAGUUGCCUGCUGAUGACGAGGCCCGGCAGGCGACGGCCCCUUUGGUGCCAGAGCGCAAGGAGCUUGCUGCUUUGAAGGCGGACGACAAGGACAUGGAGGGCACCACGAAGAAUGAUGUUGCAGCACAGAAACCCGCCAUCCCUAGCGAUGCCCCUCUUCGUUUGCAGGACUUUCAAACCAACACCGCCAUGUCCGUGUCCAUCUUCAGCAAAGGCGUCGACAAGGAGAAGCUUCAGGUCAAGUUUCUCCCAGAGUCUGUCCACUUAAACCCUCUCGUCUACCCUAACGGCGAUGAGAAGGAAUUUCUGCUCGAAACUUUUGCCGAAAUCGAGCCAUCUAGCUCGGGGUACACCGUCACCCCCAGCAAAGUCGAGCUACGCCUAGUCAAAAAGUUGCCGGGAAAGUGGUCACGAGUCACGAAGGAGUCGCCAGGGACCAAGGAAGCUACAGAAAAGGACGAGGAGUCACAAGCCCUCAAAGACGCCAGACGGCGAGCCAUGGACGAGGCAGAUGCCAAGACCAAGGAUGAGAAACCUACAGCGGCAACUACCCAACCUGAAGCCAGCAAGGUCAAGGCCACGACUGAUUCUGGCCCCGCCUAUCCGUCUUCGUCUCGCACUGGUCCCAAGAAUUGGGACAAGAUCGGAGCAGAUGAAGAUGAGGAAGAAGAGACUGGCCCGAAUGACUUCUUCAAGAAGCUGUUCAAGGGUGCGACUCCAGACCAGCAGAGGGCCAUGACGAAGAGCUUCGUUGAGAGCAACGGCACGAGUUUAAGUACGGACUGGAGUGAUGUCGGGAGCCGGACGGUGGAGACGAUUGCUCCAGAGGGGGUUGAGGCAAAGAAGUGGUAA